UGUUGUGCAACACGCGCUAAACAUACGGUGAAAUACUAACAUUUUGUUUACAAAAAAUAACAUAAUUACCACCAACGCUAACCAUGGGUAAACCGAAAAAAGGAAAGUCGAACAAGGAGAGAUCCUCAGAACCAAACGUUGAGGAAUUUGACGGUGCUGAUGACAGCAUGAAUACAGACAUUAAAGAAAAAGUCAUCUCAUCUAAACCUUCAGAAAAGAAAGGCAAAAAGAAGAACAAGAAAGACUGGAAUGAAGAUGACUUGUUGGAUGAUAUCACUGAGCUAGAGACAAAUGGAAUGGAUAAAAAGGAUGAACCACAACAGGACACCACUGCAGUUGAGGAAGAACAGAAGGGAGGCAAGAAGGGCAAGAAGCAAAACAAGAAGAAGGGAUUGAAUGAAGAUGACUUGUUGGAUGAUAUCACUGAGCUAGAGACAAAUGGAAUGGAUAAAAAGGAUGAACCACAACAGGACACCACUGCAGUUGAGGAAGAACAGAAGGGAGGCAAGAAGGGCAAGAAGCAAAACAAGAAGAAGGGAUUUGAUGUAGAUGAUAUCGCAGACGAGAUUGCCAGCUUAACAGUAGCGGAUUCAGAACCAGCUGUACAAGAACAACCAGCUCAAACCAACAAAGGUGGAAAGAAAUCCAAGAAGAAAAAGAAGAAAGAUUUUGAUCCUGAUGAUGAAGAUGAUCUGGACAAUAAUGAAGAUGGAGAAAAUACAAGUACUAGCAAUGAUCAGAAAAUAGAAAAAUCUGAAACGCCUGCUGAAGAAACUGACGACGGCCCAAAAAUCAAAACAGCCGCUCAGAAAAAAGCAGAAAAAAAGGAACGGGAGCGUAAGAAAAAAGAACAGCAACGAGCUGCAACGAAAGCAAAUAAGGAGAAGGUGACUGAGAACGUAGAAGGCAGUACAGCAACAGAGAAAACAGAAGAAACGGAGGCGUCAACAGCCAAAGCAUCUGUAGAAGCGGAUCCGAAGAAUGUAGAAGAUGAAGAAGAUACAGAGGAUAAGGAUGAUAAGAAAAAGAAAAAGAAAAAAAAGAAGGAUAAGAAAGAAAAGGGAAAAGAUGAUGAUGAUAAGGAGAAGAAAAAAAAACCAAACAAAGCUAUGCUUGAGGCCAUGAAAGUGGCUCUGAAGCAAAAACAAGAGGAGGAGGAAAGAUUAAGACUUGAGGAAGAAGAGAGGAUACGAAAGGAGGAAGAAGCCUUCCAGAAGAAAUUAGAGCAACAGCGGUUAGAGAAAGAAAUGAAGGAACGAGAAAAGCAAAGAAAAAAGGAAAAAAUUGAAAGGCUGAAGAAGGAGGGAAAGUGGCUAACGCCAGCUCAAAGGGCUGCCAGAGCUCGUGCUGAGGCUCAGCUACAAGCGAUGCGAGACCAAGGAAUUGUUAUACCAACGAAAGUAGACGAAGAUAAAAAACCGCAAAGGGUUAACUAUGGGACAAGAAUAAAAAAAAAACCGAAGGAAGUUAAAGUAGAAGAUGCUCCAGUGGUCGAGGAGUCUGAGACAAGUGAAGAACCAUCGACCGCAGAUGAUUCCAUCAUAGACAUCCUUCUCCUUCUGAUGGUAAAUUGGACAUGCACAACCCCUGAAGUUGUAUCCAAAGAAAAGGAUCGAACUAAGAGUAUUGAGGAAGAGGAAGAUGAAGAGGAAGAAGAAGAGGAGGAAGAAGAAAGUGAAGAAAAAGAGGAUGAAGAGAGUGACAGUGAAGAGGAGAGUGAGAGUGAGGAAUCAUCAUCAUCAGAAGAAGAAGAAUCGGAUGAUGAAAGAACUCCAGCAGAGAGAGCCAGAGCUAAGGCUAUGAACAGAAUCCAACAAAGAAAGGAAGAAGCAGAAAUGGAGAAAUCUGUAGAUAAGCUCCGAUGUCCGGUUGUGUGCGUACUUGGACAUGUGGAUACCGGUAAAACCAAGAUUCUCGACAAGAUCAGGCAUACAAAUGUGCAGGAUGGUGAAGCAGGAGGUAUUACCCAGCAGAUUGGGGCAACAAUGGUACCAGAGACAGCUAUAAGAGAACAAACAAAGAUGUGUAGACAGUUUGCGAAAACGGAGAUGAAAUUUCCCGGUCUUCUCAUCAUCGACACACCUGGUCACGAGUCGUUCAGCAACUUACGCUUACGCGGGUCAUCGCUGUGCGAUAUCGCAAUUUUAGUUGUUGACAUUAUGCAUGGACUGGAACCACAAACAAUUGAAUCAUUAAAUUUAUUAAAAUCCAAAAAAACACCGUUUAUAGUUGCUUUGAAUAAGAUUGAUAGAUUGUAUGGUUGGAAGCCUAGUCCGCAUACGGACGUUAUGAAUACAAUAAAGAAACAAAAGAAGCAUACGCAGGAUGAAUUUGAUGAGCGAACACGAGCAGUUGUAACAGAAUUUGCAGAACAAGGUAUGAAUGCUGCCCUCUUCUACGAUAAUAAAGAUGUACGGACAUAUGUAUCUUUAGUACCAACGUCGGCUCACUCUGGUGACGGAAUGGGAAAUCUAAUUUCUCUUAUUAUUGAGCUGAGUCAAACUAUGCUGGCCAAGAGGCUAAUGUUCUCUGAGGAUCUCCAAUGCACAACCAUGGAGGUAAAAUCCUUACCAGGACUUGGAACAACCAUAGAUGCUAUCUUAGUGAAUGGUCGACUUCAUGAGGGAGAUACAAUUAUUGUUGCAGGGCAAGAGGGACCAAUUGUCUCACAAAUUCGUGGCCUUCUCAUGCCUCAACCUUUGAAAGAGUUAAGAGUCAAGAAUCCUUACGAUAAGCACAAAGAAGUAAUUGCUGCUCAAGGGGUGAAAAUCCUAGCGAAAGACAUGGAGAAAGCACUCGCUGGGAUGCCAUUGCUAGCUACUAGGUACCAAGAUGAGGUGGAGAUCAUGAAGGAGGAGGUUGCUGCAGCUUUAAAGGAAGCAUUGUUCUCUAUCAAAUUAGCCGAAAGAGGAGUCUAUGUCCAAGCCUCCACACUCGGAUCCUUAGAAGCUCUUCUAGAAUUUCUCCGGACUUCAAAAAUACCUUAUGCUGGUAUUAAUAUUGGUCCCGUGCACAAGAAAGAUGUCAUGAAGGCUUCAGUAAUGUUGGAGCAUGAACCACAAUAUGCUGUGAUUCUAGCAUUUGAUGUCAAGGUUGAACGCGAAGCACAAGAAUUGGCUGACAAAGAGGGCAUUAAGGUGUUCCAAGCGGACAUUAUUUACCACUUAUUCGACAAAUUUAUGGCUCACCGAGCCGAAGAAAAACGGAAAAAGCGUGAUGAGUUCAAACAUGUUGCUGUCUUUCCGUGCAAAAUACGAGUUCUUCCACAACAUAUAUUUAACUCCAGGGAUCCAAUUGUGAUGGGUGUAGUUGUAGAGGCAGGCCAGCUUAAGGUCGGCACGCCCAUUUGUGUACCAGCGAAAGAGUUCACACAUCUCGGUUUUGUGACAAGUUUAGAGGUGAAUCACAAACCGGUGCAAGUGGUGCCUACUGGACAAGAGGUCUGCAUAAAGAUCGAGCCUGUUCCAGGGGAUGCCCCCAGGCUAUACGGUCGUCAUUUCACCCACGAGGAUGUACUUGUCAGCAAAAUCUCCAGAGAGUCGAUAGACGCAGUUAAGAAUUACUUCCGCGAGGACAUGCAGAAACAGGAUUGGCUUGUUAUGAUUGAGCUGAAGAAGAUUUUUGAGAUCAUAUGAGUUAAUUGAUGUUUAAGAGGAGUGUCUAUCAUUCAAAGAUUGGUGAUCAUGAAUUGUAGAUAGCGCCAACAUGCUGUUCAUGUGUGUUGUCGUCGUCAUAAUGAAGACGACAAGGUUUGUCAGGAAGACCAAACACAAAUGCAUACUUCCAACCGAAAUAUAUUACAUUUACAUCUACUUCUGUUUUGUUUUUCUGAAAGAUUAAAACAUGCAUCUGAAGUAUGUAUGAAUACACAUUUAAUAUGAAAUGAUGAAUACAUUAAUUUUCUUUAAAUAUUCAUCAGCAUCAUUAUUAUUGUUAUUACUGCUUUUGAACUCAACAUAAUAGACAAAAGACUUUAUGUAUAAAAAAGAAGUCACAAGAGACUGAAAGGAUCUUAUAAAAUUUAGAUCUAAAACAUGUUUUUCUGAAGGUUACGAUUUUAGAUUUAUGCCUUCAAAUGAUACCCAGUGCUUUUGGCUUGAGAAACCCAGGUACAUAAAUUUGAGUGUAAAGUAGAGGGGGGGCCUUAUACCGGAAGCUAUUACCUGCGGAUCUAUAGUGUAGCCCACCCAAUAAACAGGCAAUGCAAUGUUAAUUUUGAAUUUGAGCAAACAGUGCCUUUUCUAUUGGUUAAUUUUUGUGGGAAUACAGCCUGUCUGCCACUAAAUUGUACAGAUACUGUACUCUGUAUUAUUUGGGAUAUUCCAUUAUGUGGCAGGAAUAUUUAAUAUGUGUAUGAUAAAAAAAUUUGAAGCAUGACCACAAUAAUGAUUUCUUUAAAAUUUGAUAUAAUUAAUAAUCUAAAAUGGUGUAAUCGUCUAUGCCAAGGGCUAACCAAGGUGAAUUUGGUUGGGCGCAAGAGAAAUUUAGUCUACAUUAUUGCAAUUUCAACUCAGUUGUACACUUUUAUUUAUGAGAAUUUCUUGGGCAUGGAAGAUUGUGUGCUGGCUGGAGUUAAAAUAAAUCGUAUAUAUAUAAAGAUAA